UUCUGGAUUUGAAUUGUGUAACCCAUGUAUACUGUACGAAAUUUGUAGCAUAUCUGGUAACUUCGUCUUUUUAUCAUUCAAAAAUAUGAAUUAUUUGGAUUCUUAUACUAGAAGAACUUGUAAGUUUGAAAUACUUGCUGAGAUAUCAUUUCAUAAUAAAAAUCAAACUAUCAAAUUAUUAUGUAGUCGUCUUUUGGCCCGACAUUGUUAUAGUAAACAGGACAAAAACUGCUCAGAAAUAAUAUUAUCUUGUGAGGGGAAUGAUUCUCCAAGUAUCCAAGAACAAUUUUCAAAUUUAAGUACCAGUGAUGAAUCUCAACAGAAUGCCAAAUGGUAUGCAUAUUGGGAAAAAUAUGGAGAAGACUUUGUUAAUGAAACAUGGAUAAAACAAUAUGAAAACUGUGGACUGGAUGAUUUUCCUACUAAUAUUGAAAAUGCUUAUCAAGAACACUGUGAACAACAAUAUAAUGUAUUGUAUUGGAAGUUUAUAAAUGAAAUGAGUAUUGCUGAUGCAAAAACUGAAGAACCUAAUGAUGAGGAGUCUGAAAACAACCAAUGUGGUUCAGAUUAUAGUAAAGAACUUGAUCAUGUUUCUAACUUUGAUUUUCUCUAUAAAUAUAAACAUUUUAAAAAAGUACAUGACAAACUUGUCAAAGCCUAUCAAGCAAUAAGUAUAAUGGGAUAUACUUAUAGCGAUCAAAAUACAUAUGAAUCUGCUUUUGUUGAAUAUCUCAAAACAAAUCUUGUAAAAUCUACUCGACAUCUAAACAUGUACAGAUUCCCAAAAACACGUGAAUUAUCUAAUGCCGAUGAUUCAUUAUGUGAUUCUGAUCAUCUAGUGAAAAAUAAAAGGGAUAAAAGUAAAAAAACAAUUAAAAAAGAAGUAUGGAAACAAAAUAAAAAUAAUCAUGAUUUAGAAAAUUUUGAAAAAUUUGGAUAUACAUAUUUACAAAAUAAUCCCAAACUAAUGAAGUAUUGGAAAAAAAGACAUUUAUUAUUUUCUGAGUUUGAAAAAGGGAUACAGUUAGAUGAAGAAAGUUGGUAUUCUGUUACUCCUGAAAUAAUUAGCUAUCACAUAGCUGAACGCUGCAGUUGCUUUUUAAUUGUUGAUCCAUUUUGUGGUGCUGGUGGUAAUAUUAUUCAAUUUGCUAAAACUUGUGAACUCGUUAUAGCUAUUGAUAAUGAUCCGAAAAAGAUUGAACUAGCACGACACAAUGCAGAGUUGUAUGGUGUUGCCGAUCGCAUUCAGUUCAUUAUUGGUGAUUUCUUUGCAUUAGCGCCAACUCUUAAAGCUGAUGUUGUUUUCUUAUCUCCACCUUGGGGUGGACCUGAACUCAUGAAUUUUGAAGAGUACAAACUGUCUAAUGUGAUGCCAGAAAAUGGCGGUAUACAGAAUAUACUGUCCUUAGCACGAAAAAUUACAUCUAAUAUUGCCUUACAUUUACCAAAGAAUACAAACAUUUUUGAUUGUAUUAACUCAACUGAUGACGAUUUUGUCGAGGUGCAACAGAAUGUACUUAACUCAAGAUAUAAUUCUCUAACAGUUUAUUUUAGUGAACUGUAUGGACUCUGUGAUGAAAAUAUUGAUAAUUUUGAUGAAAAUUUUGAGAAAAUUGACUUAAUAUAAUUAUUUAUAUAUAAGACUAUUGGUUAAACAUUUUAUCAUGGAAAUAUUAUUCAAUUUAGUAUUAUAACUAUUAAGUAAUAUCUUGGCAAUGGUCUUGUAAACUAUCUACCAUAUUUUUUAUGAUUUGUGUAUCCCUCUGGUUUUGUAAAGAUUUAUCAAAAAUCAUGUACAAAACAGUAUAAACAAAUAUCCUCCUCUUCAAUAAUCUAUUAUAUUUCUGUCAGUUUUUCAGUUAUAAAUUUCAUUCUUAAAUGCCUUCGCUAAUUUUUCUUUAUUUCCUAAUAUAUCUAUGUUUAACAAAUAUUAAUAUCGUUUUUAUAACAAGCAUUGCUAUAAACACAGAAUAUAUGAAAUAAUGUAGGUAAAGUAUGUUACAUAAAACAUAAUUCAAAAACUAUUAAAAAAAAAUUUAAUUAGUUAUGUACAGGGCUCGGGAGUUAAAGUAUUCGCUUAUUUUUAUGGGUUGACUUAAAAUGUAGCAGAGUGCUAUAGAAGUGCAUGUCAAGUUAUAACACAUACAAUUAAGAAAUUUUAAACGGC